AUGUUCUCAUUGUUCUUGGAUGAAUGCAGACUGCAGAAGACCAACGGCAAUUUUUGAUUCAGCAAAGAUUACUACAGUGCACAAAUGUUCAGCAAGCUCAAGAAGUCAGCUAAUCCAGCGUCCAGGUUUUAUGAAGUCCCUGCAAACACAGAGGUGGUGCGCUGUGGCUACAUGUACAAGUCACCCUCUCAGAAUCUACUUAGCAGAUCCUUGAAGUCAUGGAAACGGCGGUUCUUUGUGCUCAGCAAGAUGCCUAUAAAUCAUUAUGAGCUGAAAUUCUUCAAGGACGAAAGCAGAAGAGAGAAACCUCUAGGACAAAUCCAGCUUUAUCAGGUUUCACUGUUUUUCCGGCAUGCAGACUCACACCCUAUCUGGCCAUGGAUACAAAGGAACUUUCGAUGUUCUGCAUCCUGUGUUCUGUACAUGAGGGUGCAAGAGCGAGAAUAUUUCCUCAUUGGAGAAAACAGUUGUGAGAUGGACAGCUGGUUUGAUGCCAUAUUUAAGGCUUUGAACACACCUUGCGCCUCACAGCCUGACUCAGAGGACAUCAGAAAUAGGUCGAUGUCUGAGCCUUUAAAUGUGUUGCACCAUGAUCAAAAAGAACCUGGAGACCAAGAACAGAAUGAAACUGAUCCAAAGCCAUCAUCCUUUUCAAGACAGUCUGCCCCCACAUUCAUCAACAUGCAGCGCUCCCACUAUGAUUAUCCAAAGAAUUACAUGAUGACAUCACAAUCUCUGGAAAGUGAAGACACUGAUGACGAUGAGGAAGAUGAAACGAUAAACAAAGACAGUGAAGCUGAAGAAGACAACAGCUACUACAUGGACAUGGAAAGUGUGAGAGAGGUGAUAAAGCAGACUCAGCAAGAAGACGUCUUGUUUCCGCAAACAAAUCUGGAAGGAAAUAAUGUUUCGGAGAACUCAUUUCUCUACACUGGCAAUGAAGAUAGCAGCUCCACUGCUCUGAACUGGCAAAUUUCACCAGGCAGUGAAACGUUCGUUCCUGUGGAGAAGGAAAUUUGUGUUAGUCAAGACGAGCUGAAAAACAGUGUGAUCUUCUCAGAGGAAACAGGCAAACUAUGCGUGUCCAGAUGGAGGUAUACGCAAUCCUCUGCUCCUUUCCAUGUGGGUGAUCAAAUCCUAGCUAUUAAUGACUUGCUUACUGACAGUCUGGUGGAGUUGCAAAGUUAUCUGAAGAGGCUAAGUAAAGAUCAGGUGAAACUGACUAUCCUGAGACAGCCAGGGUCCCAACCCUUAAGUGCAUGUUACACAUAGUGUGACCUCUGCUCUGAUUCUGUGCACCUUCCUGCACUGUUCAUUUGAAAUACAGACGUGCUGGACAUGUGCUCAAUCAGGCAUCCUAACUGAGCAAGUAGCAGCAUAAUGCCUGGGAAAGUUGUACAGUGCUGUUCAAGAGACUAUAUUCAAAACAACCCAAAAUAGUUUGUUGAUUUAUCUUCUGUAAUACACCUACUAAAUAUGGUCUAGGACAACUGCUGGGUUGAUAUCAUUGCUCCGAUACAGAAAUUACCAGACUCUAGCUAUCUGGGACUGCAGUUACUCUUCCUGUACUUGAUCGUAUUUCCAACUUACAAAAUACACAAAAUUAUCACCUUCAUAGAUGUACUGGAGAAACAAGAUGUAAUAUUUUGAUAUGCUGUUUACAUUCUAGAAGAAUUAUACCUGCAUUUAAACAAAUUAAAACCAUAUAGCACACAACUGUGUAUGAUGACUUGUGUUCAGAAAUUGUGUGUGUCCACAAGGGGGUGGCACAGGGUUCUAUAUUAGGUCCCCUCCUAUUCAUUAUGUAUAUAAAUGACGUGAGUCAAAAUGUGUCUGAUGCAAAUAUGCAUUUAUAUUCCGAUGAGACAAUCAUUUAUUGCUGUGGGUCAUCCCCUACUAAUGCUGUUGAAUCCCUGCAGAAGGCCUUUGAUGUGAUCCAGCACACAUUUCUGCAGCUAAAAUUAGUACUUACCGCGGACAAGACUAAACAAAUGUUGUUUUCAAAGCCAAGGAAGGGACUGUUAAACAUCCCCACAGUAUUCAUUCUUGAAGGAAAUGAAAUAGAGGUGGUCCACUCGUAUAAAUAUCUUGGUAUCCUGCUUGAUGACACUCUGACAUUCAAAGCCCACAUUGAAAAUCUUGUUAAGAAACUUAAACUGAAGCUGGGUUUUUUAUUUAGAAAUAAAUUUUGUUUUUCUUUUGAUGUUAAGAAGCAACUUGUCACUACAACCUGUUUAUCUAUUUUAGACUAUGGAGACUUGUUGUACAUGAACACUUCAGCUCAAUGCCUGAGUAAGAUUGACUCUGUGUAUUAUGCUGCCCUGAGGUUCAUCACUAAUUGUAGGGCCUUGACCAAUCACUGCGAACUAUAUUCCCAAGUCGGAUGGCCGUCACUGUCUACCAGGAGGCUGACUCACUGGUAUACCUUUAUAUACAAGACAAUACUUGGACUACUGCCACCCUACAUCAGUAACCUAAUCACACUGAGGAACCUUGACUCUUAUGGCCUGCGCUCCAAUGAUCAUUUGCUGCUCUCUGUCCCAUCUGUCCGCACAGAGCAGGGAAAAAGAGCUUUUGUUUUCUCUGCCCCCACCACCUGGAACAAGCUGCAAAAGGACCUAAAAAUAAAAGAACUUAUUCCAUUGAGUGAUUUUAACUACAGACUGAGAGCACUUGAGACGGCGUCCCUGAUUUGUAACUGUUUUAAAUGAUUUUUUUUUCUUUUAAAUCAGACUCCUGUAAAUUGUAAUUUUAAUUUUGUAACCUGUGUUGCCUCUUGGCCAGGACGCCCUUGUAAAAGAGAUUAUUAAUCUCAAUGGGUCUUCUCUCCUGGUAAAAUAAAAGUUAAAAAAAUAACUGCUGCUUAAA